AUGUGGAAAUCAGUUAUAAAUUUAUCUCGUCAUCAGAAGGAUGUACAUAAAGUGAAUAAGAUUUUUCGUCAGGUAGAUGUAUAUAUAAAUGGAAACAAGAAAGCGCCUAAUAGGAAGAUAAAGUUUUGUCCGUUAUCUCCAUGCAAGCAUUCAAAGAAAGGUGUCUUUCAACUUCAUCAUCAUUUACAGUCAAAUAUCCACAAGCUUAAUCCCAACUCAAACCAAUACUUAGAUGCGCUUAAAUCUGCUCCGAGAAUUGGGCUUCAAGAGCUACGAGAUCACAUUGCCAAGAGAAAGAAAUCCAAAGCAAAGAGCGCCACAACUAAAGAUGGUCCUAAAAGAGAAAAAAAUCGAAUCAAAAUCACCUGUACGUGGAAAGGCCGCAAAAGGGUGAAAUUUUACAAGGGUGACAAGGAAAAUGAGUAUAGUUUGGUGAAUAGAAUCGAAGCUGAGGAAGAAAUUGAAAAUGACUCGGAUGAUCAAUUAUUAGAAAAUCCUGAAGGAGAAGCAACUAUCAGCAGAAACGUGAGUAACCCUGGGCACCUCGCACCGACCUCCUCCAAUAGUAAUGCAGAGGAGCGCAAACUACAUAAUGAAGAAAGUUGUGAAUCAAAGGUAAGAGAGACGUACAAUGAUGAUGACAGCAAAUUAGAGUAUGAUCAGCAAGUUGAUAAAGUGGAACACAAGCUACAUAAUGAAGAAAGUGGAGAUUCAGGCAAUGAUCAUGACAGUAAUUUGGAGUAUGAAAAAGUAAUGGAUCAAAUGGAAUCAAAGGUAGGUGAUACACAUGAUGACCAUGACAGCGAUUUGGAGUAUGAUCAACUUGUGGAUAACGUGUGGAAAAGAAAUGAAGAGUGCAAGAAGCGAAGCUUUAAACAGUUAGUGUCUAUGAUGUCCUCCCAGUGUGAAAGCGAUGCCGAGCUAUCUGAAGAGUUAAACAACCGCAAAAAUGCUGACCAAGUAAUCCAACCACCUCAACCACCAGUGACGGCUGGUAAUACCAAAUCUAGUGAAAUAGUUAUAUGCGACAGUGAAGAAGAGGAAAUUUUAGACCCAAACUAUCACCCUUCCCUGGACUCCGAAUCAGAGUGUAGCACUGGAAGCUUGUCAGAUAACUGCUCGUUGCAAGAAAGGGAUGACAUUUUAACUGAUUUCGUGGAAAACGUAGAUAAUCUCGAUUUUCUUCGUGUGGAACCAGAAUGGAAGAGCGUGGUUGAUGUUGUUUUUGAAAGAAAAAGAACGAACGCUGGUAAUACUGACUCCCAAAGCAAUCUUUCACAAGGUAAAGUGCCUAAGGAAGUUAUGAAUGAUGAUGAAUCAUCAGUAUACGAUAGCGAUGAUGAUGAUAAUGACGACUGUCUUGAAGAGAUGGAAGAUGAUGUCAGUUUUGAAGACAAUGAUAGUAGUGAUGACAGCCCACUGCUUAACGAGUUUCAUUCCUGGUUGAUAGACGUAGACGGGGGUUAUCGCUGCGCAAAAGUGGCUGGUCAGUACAAGUCACAGGUAAAACGCAUCAUGAAAGUUCUUUCAGAAGAUUUCCCUCAAGCAGCAAAUGAAAUAGAUCUUGUUACUGUCGAGGGGCAUGACGGAGUGGUAAUGUUGAGGAAGUGGUUGGGUCAACUAUCUGAGGAGUAUCAACCUGGAACCAUUAGAUCAUACCUAAUGAGCCUUAGGCUAUUCCUUAAAUUCCUUGUGCAAGAAGAGAAAGGGCAAGAUAGAUUAGACACACUUCAUGCAAGGAGAGAUCUUUUAACUUCGUGGUCAUCUGCUCAAAGAAAGAAGGUGCUGAAAAGGAAAUUAGAGAAACAUGACAUGGACUUUGCAAAACUCCUUUCUAGCGAAGAUCUAUAUAAAGUGUCAAAUGGACAACAGCGAAUAAACAUAAUUAAAGCGCUUGGAACAGCUGCGGAGAAAAGCAAAGCUUGUGGAGAACCUGUGCUGGUCAACGAUCAGACCUUUUGCGAAGUAAGGGAUUGGCUGAUUACAAGAUUAAUAAUUGACAACUCCGGAAGAAGUGGUAUUGCAGCAAAUAUAACAGUGGAGGAAUUCAAAGAUGCUAAACUGUACGCUGGAGAAGAAGAUGGAGAGAGAUACCGCGUAUCAGUUAAGAAUCACAAGACAGGAGGUGUUUAUGGGGCAGCCAUUGUAUGGUUUCAUGCUGAUGUUUACAAUCUGGUGAAUACGUAUAUCUCAAGGGUGAGGCCUAAGUACGUCAAAGAUGCCACAGAUAACAUGUUCGUUUCAACCAAUGGCGUUAAACUUACUUCAUCGCAAGUAUCCACGUGUCUGACUCGUACAUUUCAAAGGGAGGGUGUGAAGUUUCACGGUCGCAUCUCCGCAACCUUGAUAAGAAAAUCUCUGGCAUCAGGAGUGCAUGUCCAUUUGCCUGAAGAUCAAGAACAACUGGCUGCCCUUGCACAGCACAAACCUCAAACACAAGCUCAAUAUUACCGCAUCAAUGACAAAGUUAGAGAAACAGAUAUUGGGCGUCGUGCUGUCAGAAAAUUUAUCACCAUGAACUGCGCAAAGACAGAGGUAAGUACUCUUAUAAUGCAUACCAAUCGUAGUAAUUUGAAUAACAAUUGGCAUACGAAUUCUGAUUUCUUUUAGGUAUCAAUAAUUCCUGUCGAGUGGACCGAGGAAGAGACCUCAAAACUUCAAGAUUUAUUCAAGUCUGAAAUUGAGACUGGUAACAUAACUGAAAACAUUGUCAGAGAUAAACUUGGUGCUUCCAACCUGUUGGAAACACACCCAUGA